GUGACGGACACGCUCAUUCUGAACCCGUCGGGGCAGCUGGUGGGGGUGAUCGGCGUGUCGGCGGACAUCAGCGACAUCAAGCGCAAGGAGGGCGAGAUCCGCGCGCUCAACGCAGCGCUGGAGGAGCACAUCGUGGAGCGCACGGAGCAGCUGCAGCGCAACAACAGGUGCUGCGGCGAGAAAUGGAGGCGCUCCUGUCUGCGGGGAGCACAUGCAGCGAUGCAUCAAGGACUUGGAGCAAUCGAGCAGCCGCAUAUGACAGCAGUCGUUGGUGCUGGAGCGGAUGGUGGCGGAGCUGCGCGAUGCGCGCUCGGAGGCGGAGUCCGCCAACCGCCUCAAGUCACGGUUCCUGGCGUCCAUGAGCCACGAGAACCGUACUCUCAUGAACAGCGUGCUCGGAGCAGCACGGCUUCGUGGAGAUCUGACACGCGGCAGCUGACACGCGCUGCUGGCCAUCUGGAUCUGAGCAAGAACGAGGCGGGCGAGCUGGAGAUAGGCACAGCGAAUCCGGCGUCACUGCGUGCGUCGAGGACAGCGUCAUCCUGCUCGCGCUGCCCCCCUUACCUGGAGUGUAGGUGGCGGCUCUGCCCCGCCCAGUGCGCCAGAUCACCCUCAACCGCCUCCUCGCCUUCUCCUGCCAACCUUGCCUCCUCCGGAUAUUGCUCACGUAUGUGCCAUGGGUUGGGAUGGCAUGGGUGGCGUGGGGUGGCAUGGGAUGUCAUGUGCGCGCAUGUGGUGGCAUGUGGUGGCAUGAUGGGGCACGGAACAUGA